UCAAGCUCAGUCCAGCAGCAGCUGCUAGUUGGUCUUUGGAGGAAUUGUAUGUGCUGAGGCAAGGCCUUGUAGAAUAUGCUACUGAACCAACUAGUAUAAUGAAGUAUAUCAAGAUAGCAGCUAAGCUUCCUGAGAAGACAGUGAGGGAUGUCGCCAUGAGGUGCCAGUGGAUAGCUAAGGAGAGUGGGAAAAGACGCAAGUUAGGAAGUUACUAUGCUGAAAAGAAGGAAAAGGUGGUGUAUUCUUCCUCACUGAGUACUGUAACUUCUGUUCAACCAAAGGGCACCACCUACUCUUCUUUGAGGAUAUAUGAUGUGCCCAGCAAUAAACAGCCCAGUCAAGGAGCUUCUCCAGUGAACACUGAGACACAAUGCCUUCUAAUGGAGAAUUGUAACCUUCUCAAUCAGAUUGGGUCAAACCUCGAAUUGAGUAAGCUAGAAGAUAAUAUCAACCUAUUCUACCGAACAAGAGUGAACAUAGCAACCGUUUUAAAUAGGAUGAGUGACAAACUAGGAAUGAUGAGUCAGAUGCCUCCAUUGCCGGUGCUAAUUGAUGAUAACCUUUUCCAGCCCAUUCUUCCCCUAGCUAGACAGGUUCUGUAAGAGGAAGAUCAUUUGCCUGCUUCAUGAAUGCUGCUGAAAUUUCUGUCGAAGCUUGUUUGUAGGUAUACUAUGCUCUUCCCGGGUGAUCCAAUCAGGUUUAGGAGCACAUCAACCUGAAGAUCAACUAGGUUCCAAUCGAUGCCACGACAUUCAGUAUAAUCUAGCAAUGAAAAUUCAACUUCUCCUGCAAUUGCCCAUGUCUGUCCAUCUGAUAGCAAGUAUUCCGGUCACACUAGCGUAAGCACUUUGGUCGAACAAAGUUAUUCAGUGCUCAAUCUUCGAACUGUAUCAGGUUGAACGAACUAUAAUGGAAGAGACAGGACACUUUUAUCA